AUGGCACCAAUUGGGCUAAAAACCAUAGUUGGAGAAAAAAUUCUCAAUGGUGUCAUCAAGAGCGUAAAGAAAGAUGGAGAGUGGAAGGUUCUAAUUGUGGACCACAUGAGCAUGCGCAUUCUGUCAUCUUGUUGCAAAAUGUCAGACAUCUUGGCAGAGGGGGUCACUAUUGUGGAGGACCUCAAUAAAAGCCGAGAACCAAUUUCUUGUCUGGAAGCCAUAUAUUUGAUCUCACCAAUAGAAAAGUCAGUUCGAGCGCUCAUUAACGACUUUAAGGACACGGAUUUUACUUACAAGGCAGCCCACAUCUUCUUCACCGGCACUUGCCCUGACAAUCUUUUCAAUCAAAUUGCGAGGUCGCGCAUCUCCAAGACUGCCAAGACGUUGAAAGAGAUUAACGUCGCUUUCUUGCCGUACGAGUCACAGGUGUUCUCCUUGGACCACGAAACCUCCUUCCACUCCUUCUACAGCCCCAAGUGUAAUAAAGACACGCGGGACAAAAUGAUAGAGAAUCUGGCUGAGCAGAUCGCCACCUUAUGCGACACGCUCAAAGAGUACCCGGCCAUCCGAUACCGCAACGGCCCGGAUAGGAACGCCAAGCUGGCCGAAGAGGUUUACCAGCGCCUAAACGCGCACAAAGCGGACAACCCGAGCAUGGGAGAGGGGGUGAACAAGGGGCGCUCCCAACUCCUUAUCGUGGAUCGUGGGUUCGAUCCCAUUUCGCCACUGCUUCACGAGUUGACCUUCCAAGCAAUGGCCUAUGAUUUGCUCGAUAUCCAAAAGGAUAUAUACUCUUAUCAGACAACCGGCAUCGGGAAUUCAAAAGAGAGAGAAGUGUUGCUCGAUGAGGACGAUGAGCUCUGGGUUCAACUUCGACAUCUGCACAUCGCUGAUGUCUCAACGAAAGUGACAGAGCUGCUUACCACCUUUUGUGAGAGCAAGAGGAUGUGCACCGAUAAUGCUAACAUCAAAGAUCUGUCCCAGAUGUUAAAAAAGAUGCCACAAUAUCAGAAGGAGUUGAGCAUGUACUCCACCCACUUGCACUUGGCUGAAGCUUGUAUGAAGACGUUCAAGAACUCUCUUGAUAAGCUCUGCGAAGUGGAACAGGACCUGGUGAUGGGAACAAACGCUGAGGGGGAACCUUUAAAAGACCCCAUGAAGAGCAUCGUUCCCAUCCUGCUUGACAGCGAAAUUUCUACUUACAACAAGAUCCGCAUCAUCCUGCUCUUCAUCUUUCACAAGAAAAAAGGCAUCGGGGAGGAGAUCCUAGACAAACUCAUCCAGCAUGCCAACGUGAUGACCGACAGUAACAUCAUCACCAACAUCCAGCACCUGGGCUGUAACAUCAUCACAGGGGGUGCCAACGCCGGGACAACGCUACCUGAUCGCAAAAAGCGCUCAGACAGCACAUAUCAACUCUCCAGAUGGACGCCCAUCCUCAAGGACAUAAUGGAGAACGCCAUUGAGGACAAGCUGGACAAGCGCCACUGGCCCUUUAUAUCGGACCCUGCGCCGAUUAGUACCACUCACACAACAGUCAGCAGUGCGCGUCUGGGCCAGUGGCACAACAACAGACCGCCGACAGAGUAUCACACUGGACCGAGGCUCAUUAUUUUCGUCAUCGGUGGGCUGACCCACUCGGAGAUGCGCUCGGCCUAUGAGGUCACCCGAGCCUAUGCUGGGAAAUGGGAAGUACUAAUUGGCUCCUCUCACAUCUUGACUCCGACCGGCUUUUUGGACAACCUCAAGAGUCUGGACCAGGUUCCUAAUCCUAGCGAAGAUUAG